UCAUAAACCAGAACGAUGUGUCACUUUUAUUUCAUAAUUUGAUACUUAAUACUCAAUGACAUGUUGUUAGCGAGCUUUUUGAAUAUUUUAUCACGGAACAAAAUUUUACCCAAAAGCCCUUGCGUUCGGUCACUGCUGGGUACCGCCAUUUUUUCCGGGACUGUGAAAGAAGGAGCAGAAUCAUGGCACACCAGCUGAUGCGUGCAGUCCCGCGGCUGGUAGCACGGAGAGCGUUCUCUACCUCGUUAGCAAGGGCAGGUGGCGGCGCCGGAGGGAUGCCAGCAUGGCAAAUCAACCCAAGAAAUGUUUAUGAGGAUCGGCCAGACUUCCCCAUGCCAAACGUCCCCUACGUGAGUGAACUCGACGACGCUCAGAAGGCGCUGAAGGCAAAGGAGGCAGGUGACUGGAAAAGUCUAUCAGAUGAAGAGCUCAAGGCGUUGUACCGCCUCAAAUUCCACAAGAGCAUGGCUGAGAUGGAGGCGCCUACGGGAGAGUGGAAGACAGUGGUUGGUGGCACAAGUCUCAUCGUUGCACUCACGCUCGUUCUGUAUAUCAUCCAGAAGAAGUAUGCUAUGCCUGAGAUGCCUGCAUCAUGUAACUAUGAGUGGCAGGAGGCCAUGGUAAAGAAGCAGCUACAGAUGCGCAACAACCCUGUAGAAGGCUUGGCAUCCAAGUGGGACUACGAGAACAACAAGUGGAAAUGAACCAUCCAGAACACAGUCUAGCCCCACCUCUGGUGUACAUCAAUCCCAUAGAGCCUUAUGUCUGAAAAUUAUACCCUCUAUUGACAGAAAACAGUGCGUAAUUAGGGAUAAGGGACAUGAAACAGAAGUCAGGAUCAUGACACUGGUUGCUUUAAAAGCUGCUUGUCACCCAGAUUGUUUUAAUUGGAAUGCGUACAGUGUGUUGAUCAUCUUGAAGCCCGUUUGGUUGCUGUUGUUGGUUACUGGUAACUGUUCCUGACAGCAUCACUGUUCACUCAGAUGGUGUUAGAGGGCAGACUUAUCACUUGGGGUGUAUUCCUGUCUUACCGUGUACAAUAUUCUUAUGAUUGUGAUUAUAGGCACAGAUAUGAGUUCCAAUAAACAUCUAUUUCUCCCCUU